AUGCCGACGAGAACAUCCACGCUGCCGAUCAACGAGAUCAACCUGAGCGGAAACUCCCUGCUGACGGCGCCGGCGCCAUCGGAGCAUGCCGCUGCCAUCAAGGCCAAUCUAAAGCGGCGGGCGGAGACGGUGCAGCUGAUUGUCCAGUUUGUCCGCGUCAGCACGGAGGCCCGAAAAGUGAUCUUUGACAAUUGCAACCUGGAAGGGUUCAGCCACGAUAAGGACGACCUCAUAGAGUUGGAGAUCGUCCGGCUGGUCAAGAAGUUCGGAGCUGGAAAGCAUUCCAGGUAUGCAGAGCACGUGUCCUUGGCAGGCAACCGGUUUGGGCAGGAAUUCUGCCGCCGGAUCAUCGAAGGUGCGUACUGGGAGCGGAACCGGGCCGAUGGGAAAGACCUGCCAAAGCUUUACCUCAACUUGUCUCGGAACUGCAUCGCACAGCCAGAGAAAAUUGUGGAGGAGCUGAAGGAGGGAAGGACGGCAGGUGGCCCUAUGAGCCUUGCAACCACUACGGACCCAGAUGCGAUUCAGCGAGAUGCCCUGAUUGUUCUUGAUAUCACGAAUCAAAUGGACAGCCACCAUGCCCCAGCGCCAUCAGGGGCAAGGAGACCCCUCCUCGACCAGCUUAGACAAGACCGUCAGCGGCGCCCCUCCCCGCGGCGGUCGCCUCCCCGGCGCUCGCCUCCGCGCCGCUCCCCCCCGCGCCGCGCGCUCUCGCUCGCGGUCCCCGCGGCGCUCGCGGUCCAGCCGCGCUCCCCGCGCGGCGCUCCCCCCCGCGCCGCUCCGACCGGCGCCGCCGCUCGGACUCCCGGUCCCCCCGCCGAGUGCGCAGCGACUCGCGGAGGCGAAGCGCCUCAGACAGCCGCGCGCCACGCCGGAGGCGCUGAGCUCGGAAGUAUUCUACAAGGAAUGCCAACAUUUGACCAGUGCUGA